UUCAGCCCCCAGGUUACGGCCCGCCAGGAAGCGUGGGCGAGGAUGGCGACGUCAAAGGGUUCGACUUCAACGAACAGUCCAUCAGAAAGUCCUUCAUACGCAAGGUGUAUUCCAUCCUGAUGUGUCAGCUGCUGGUGACGAUGGGUUUCAUCGCGCUGUUUCUGUUCGAGAAACGCACUCAGCUAUGGGUCGCUCGCAACACUUGGCUGUUCUGGGUGGCGCUAGUGACAGUGUUCGUGUGCCUGAUCGCGAUGGCGUGCUGCGAGACAGUGCGCCGCACCGCGCCCACCAACUUCAUCUUCCUGGCCAUCUUCACGGCGGCGCAGAGCUUCCUGCUGGGCGUCUCCUCCUCCAUGUACCAGACCAGCUCGGUGAUGAUAGCGAUCGGCAUCACAGCGGCGGUGUGCCUGGCGCUGACGCUGUUCGCCUUCCAGACCAAGUGGGACUUCACCACCAUGGGCGGCGUGCUGCUAUGCGCCACAGUCGUCUUCCUGCUCUUCGGCCUCAUCGCGAUCUUCUUCCGCGAAGUUAAGAUCCUGCAUCUGGUCUACGCUUCAGUGGGGGCUCUACUGUUCUCCUUCUACCUUGUCUAUGACACGCAACUGAUGAUGGGCGGCAAGCACAAGUAUACCAUCUCCCCCGAAGAAUACAUCUUCGCUGCGUUGAACCUCUACCUGGACAUCAUAAAUAUCUUCAUGUACAUCCUUGCCAUCAUCGGAGCGGCCAGAGACUAGGAGCGAGAGGUUUGUCUUUGAUUUUUGGAGUAGCAUUCCCGUUUGUAUGAGCACAUCUUUUGUUUUUGGUUUCUGUGGUAUUAAAAAUGUUAGAGUAAUCUCGUAAUGCGUCAUUCCGAGUGUUUUAGUCGACU